AAGGACCACAAGUAAAAUGCUUGACUGACUCUGCUUCUUCCCGGAGUUCUAAUCUACCUUGCCCAAGGCAACUCAUCCACUUAUUUGCUUCCAUAUCCCAGUUCCAUAGUUCGUUACAGCAAUGGAUCCCACCAUUCCCAUACACACAGUCAUCUGCCUUGUUUGUUGGUCAUUUUCCCUAUUGCCAUUAUGUGCAUCAUCCAGCAGACACCUUCUUCCCGGCAAGCCACUUUCUGCUGGUAGCACCAUCACCUCCAACGAUGGCACUUUUGCCCUGGGAUUCUUCUCCCCCUCCAGCUCUGGCACAAAACAGUACUACAUCGGCAUAUGGUACAAGAACAUACCCGAAGACAACGUUGUGUGGGUUGCCAACCGUGCUAUGCCGGUCACUGAUCCUUCUUCUGCAACACUUGCCUUCACAAACGGAUCUGAUCUCGCCUUGUCAGACACCAACGGCCAGCUUCUAUGGACGACAAACAUCAGCGCUGCAGGAAAUUCAUCAUCAGAGGCAACUGCUGGAAAAGCCACACUUUAUAACAAUGGGAAUUUUAUCCUUCGGUCACAGGGCAUCAUCUUAUGGCAAAGCUUCGAUUACCCGACCGACACUCUCCUUCCAGGUAUGAACUUCAGGAUCACCCACAAGACGCAUGCACUACAACAGCUCAUCUCUUGGAGAAACCCCCAAGACCCAUCCCCAGGCAACUUCACAUAUGGUGCACACCCUGAUGAGUUUCUGCAGCGUUUUGUAUGGAAUGGCUCAACACCAUACAGGCGAAGUCCAGUAUGGAAUAACUUUUUGGUAGUCGGGCAGUAUAUCGGGAGUAUAAAGUCCACAAUUUACUUUACACUGCAAACUGUUGAUGAUGAGGUCUACAUUUCCUUUGGAGUACCAGCACCAAGUGUCUCCUCAUUAGUGCUAGUGAAGAUGGACUGCUCCGGCAAGAUGAAGAUACGAACCUGGAAUAGCAACGUGUCCAAAUGGACUGACCUGCAGUCAGAACCUAACCAGGAAUGCAACAAAUAUGGUUACUGUGGUCCAUUUGGUUACUGUGACAACACACAGCCUAUUGUGACAUGCAAGUGUCUUGAUGGCUUUGAGCCAAACAACAAACAGGACUGGACGGCCCGCAGGUUUUCACAGGGAUGCCACCGGAUGGAAGCACUACGAUGUGGUCAAGGGGAUGGCUUCUUAAAUAUGUCAAGCAUGAAGGUUCCCGAUCAGUUUGUGCAUGUCAAGAAUAGAAGCUUAGAUGACUGCAUAGCAGAUUGCACCAGCAACUGCUCCUGCACGGCGUAUGCUUAUGCCAAUAUGAGCACCAAGGUUAUCAAUGGGGAUGAAACUAGGUGCCUAUUAUGGAUUGGAGAUUUGAUUGACACAGAGAAGCUCAUGGGAGAAGGGGAAAACCUCUACAUCCGGGUUAAUGGAUUCAGUGAUAAAAAGCGGAAGAGCAUUGUUUUAAAAAUUACACUGCCAGUCGUGUCAAGUUUGCUCAUAGUCAUAUGUGUGUGGCUUGUUUGGAUCUGCAACUUGGGAGGCAAACAAAAAAACAAGAAAAAUUUGAAGAAGGUGAUGUCAGGAACUUCGAGCACUUCUGUUGAACUUCACGAUGGAAACUUAAAGUAUCCUUUUAUAAGCUUCAAAGAAAUUGUACUUGCAACAAACAAUUUCUCUAACUCCAACAUGCUUGGACAUGGAGGUUUUGGCAAUGUUUACAAGGGGACAUUAGAAGAUGGUACAAAAAUUGCUGUGAAAAGGCUUAGUAAGGGUUCUGGCCAGGGGGUAAUGGAGUUCAGAAAUGAAGUAAUACUCAUUGCGAAGUUGCAGCACCAAAACUUGGUUAGACUUCUAGGUUUCUGCAUCCAUGGAGAUGAGAAACUAUUGAUAUAUGAAUAUUUACCUAACAAGAGUCUAGACGCCAUGCUUUUCGAUGCCACAAGAAAAUCAAUGCUUGAUUGGCCGAUGAGAUUCGAGAUAAUCAAAGGGGUAGCUAGAGGACUUCUUUAUCUUCAUCAAGAUUCAAGGCUGAAGAUAAUUCACAGGGAUCUCAAAGCAAGCAACAUAUUAUUAGAUGCCGAAAUGAGCCCUAAGAUAUCUGAUUUUGGUAUGGCAAGGAUAUUUGGUGGCAAUCAGCAGCAAGAAAAUACCAACCGUGUCGUUGGCACAUACGGUUACAUGUCCCCUGAAUAUGUUUUGAAAGGAGUGUUUUCUGUCAAGUCUGAUGUAUAUAGCUUUGGAGUUUUACUACUGGAGAUUGUGAGUGGCUCAAAGAUCAGCUCUGUGCACCUAAAAGCAGACUUCAGCAGCAUUAUAGCCUAUGCAUGGAGCUUAUGGAAGGAUGGGAACACACAGGAUUUUGUUGACUCGUCAAUUGUGGGGAGCUGCUCACUUAAUGAAACUUCACGGUGCAUCCAUAUCGGACUCUUAUGUGUUCAAGGCAGACCAAAUGCGCGGCCACUAGUGUCAUCAAUCGUGUCCUUCCUGGAAAAUGGAGAUAUAUCCCUUCCAACUCCAAAAGAGCCCAUGUAUUUUGCAGAAGAUAACUAUGGUACUGAUGGAGCAGCAGAAAAUACUGCAAAGUCUGCAAAUAACAUGAGCAUUACAGUACUGGAGGGACGCUAGCACCUAGCAGUCCAAUUUCUGCAUAUUUUUAGGCACUUUUUACAACUGUAUACCGGAUAAGAAACUGGUAUUUGUAUUGAAGAACAAGAAGCUUUGUUUUAAUAUAGAUAAUGUAUUUCAACUCCAGUAGCUCCCACGGCAAAAUGGGAGAGGUCGAAAUGUUCUUAUUAAAGACCCUUCUCACCAAGAAUUUUGUAUGCACAA